UCUUCCACCAGCAGGCAGGCAGAGAAAAGUGUACAAGUAAAAAGAUAGAAAAUGGGGAGUAGCAGGUUCCUGGUCGUCAAUGGCGUCCCCUGUCUGACUCAAGACACCCCUUCCAUCUCUACCUUCCUCCAAUCCCAUUCUGGUCCCACCGUGUUGAUGCGCCUCACAUGAUGGACGGAGCGGAUGUGUAGUUGUAGAGUAAGCUUAUUCUACAAACGUUGCAGAGGAACCGGCCCUCAUCUAUAUGUCACAGUAAAAAUAAAGGCUCGUUUGUUAGCAGGUGCUUACACGACCUCUCGCACAAACUUCAAUGCAUCGUCCUUGUUGUUUUGGGAAAGACAUCUGCUCAGGCUCGCCGACUCCACCCGAGUUCUUGCCGAAUCCUGUCCUGAUUUGUUCAUUUCCCAAAGGACUAGAACUACAUUGUUAUCAUCAUCCUCGUCGUCAUGUUGGGAUUUUGUACUCCGGCCUUUGGUUACUGACUCUUUACGGGCUGGGUUCCGGUCUGUGUUGAUAGAACAGCAGGAUGGCGGCAGAUCUGAUGGUGAAGAAUUGGCAGUCACAACGCUCAUCUGUGGGAAUGGGGGCCCUCCUAUGGGUCUGGAUGUGUAUGUGCAUUUUGGGAUUUAUGUCCCGCCUGUGUUUGGUGGGACAGAGAACAGUGCACAUUUAGCUGUUGUUGGCUGCGGAAGGGAUGUUGCGAGAGCCAAGUGGUCAGAGUGGGUCAGGACAAGGAAGUGCUUGGAGAAGUUGAGGCCGCCUCUAGCAACGGAGCUCUUGUUGUCGAAUGAUGGGGAUAGGAUACUUGAAGGCAGCAUAACAAACUUCUUUGUGGUUUGUCACAGGGAGAUGGAUUCAGCCACUGGUGACCCAUAUGAUUGCAAAAGCAGACAUUCUUUUGAAGUACAAACAGCUCCUAUAAGUGAUGGCAUUCUUCCUGGUGUUGUUCGGCAACUAGUUAUUGAGAUAUGCUCAAGCAAGGGAAUCCCAUUUCGAGAGGUCGCGCCAUCAUGGUCAAGUAGAAAAAGUUGGAAAGAGGCCUUCAUUACAAAUAGCUUGAGACUUGUGCAGCAUGUGGAGACAAUUCUAGUUCCCAAUUCAUGGAAACAUUUGCAAUCGAAAAUGUGGAACGAGGUAUCAUGGGAGGAGAAGAAAUUUGAGGGUCCAGGGCUCAUCACCACAGAAAUACAGAAACAAAUAAUGGAGAGAGCUGGCAUUGAAGGAUACCCAUUGAGUCAUUUUCUUUGAUGAAUCACGUUGCCAAUAAGUUGCCUGUCUGGCUCAUUGUUGUAGCUGGGAGGCUUGGAUUUUCACUGGACAUUUUGUAUCUUCUUGAUUGGGAGGCAUGCAGUUCCAUUGAUGUUAUCUAGAAGCCAAUUAGUUGUUAUUUAUGCUAAAUAAUUAAGUGGGAAAAUUUUGAUACAUCAUCAUGCAUAGAGUAUGCUUAACUAUUGAUAGAGGAUGGAAUUUUUAAAAGAUUUUCUUAUUACGCCUUUGUCUCACCUGUUAUAUGUGUGUUCUUCUUAUAACUUUGAUCCAAACCCAUUUAGCUGUGUUGUUAUAAGUGGAAGUUUGGGUUUUUCCUUC